AGCUAUCAAUGCUUGCAGUGGGAUCUGGACCAGCUGAGAAAAGGGGCUGAGAAAGGGCAGAUAGAAGUUAUUGCAGAUGGGGAUGAGAUGUAGAAGUUGGGAGGACAAACCAGGUUAAGACUCACAUCGUGAAUGUUAGGGCUCUGAGGUGUACGGUAGAACCACGGGACCUGGAAAUACAGAUCCACAUUUGCUUGAAAGCAGCGUCACAGGUAGAUAGGUUGUAAAGAGAGCUUCAUAAAUCAGGCAUUGGGUAAGGAGUUGGGAUGUUAUGUUGAAGUUGUAAAAGAUAUUAGUGAUGCUGAUUUCAAAGUUAUGUGUAAAGAUAUCAAUUAUCUUGAAAGAGUGCAUAGAAAAUUUACAAGGAUGUUGCUUGGAAUUGAGGACAUGAGUUACAGGGACAGUUUGAAUCCAUUAGGAAUUUAUUCACUGGUGUGUUUAGUGGGAACGAUGAAAUAUUUAAGAGGAACCUGAGGGGGAACUUCACUCAGAGGGUGGUGUGUGUGGAACGAGCUGCCAACGGAAGUGGUAGAUGUAAAUUCAAUUGUAACAUUUAGGAAAAGUUUGGAUAGGUGGAUGAGAUGAGAGAGGUCUGGAGGGCUGUGGUCUGGGUGCAGAGAGAUGGGAACGAGGCAGAGGAGCAUGGCAUGGACUAGAUGGGCCGAAGUUCUUGUUUCUAUGCUCCAUGACUCUAUGACCAACACCCCCCAUACAAUAAAUAUCAAUGUGCCAUUUGCCUUCCUAACUAUCUACAAGCAUCUUUGCAUCUUCCAUAAAAUUCUCUCUAAAUUCCUUCUCCAUUACAGACUCUGCACACGGUCCACUCCCCGUUACUGACCCAUUGCCAACCUCACCGGGGGUUUAUCCUGUGUCCACUCCUCCUCUAAUGUCUGCUGUCCAUUACAGACAAUCUACACCUUCCACUCCACAAUACUGACCCAUUAUAAACCUGGCGACAGUAAUCCUGUGACUAUUUCCUCUCCAGCACGUGGGUCCAUUCCUGUUCCUCUGCUCAAUACUGACCCAUCACUGUGGUUGUUAGAGGAAGCUCACUGACGGGGAACAAUAGGCUCUUCAUUACAGAGCCUCAGGCUAGAUGAUGUUUGUUUGCUUUGCAUACUUUUUCCAAUCAUACAUCAACUGUUCCACCGCCCCGCGCUGGCUUCAUUGCUUCGAGAAGCCGGUGUGGAAAGUAGUCGUUGACCUGUCGCUGCGUCUGACACCACUCACAGCAGAGAGUGAGGAGGUUGUAGGUGGUCCCAUCUCCCUCCAGUUCACCCAGCAACACCUCAUUGGGAGUCACACAAUGUCACCGGCUGAACUGAGGGUUGUGCUGCUGAUCCUGGGUUUUCUGGUCACAGACUCCACACUCGGUGAUCCGUGUGUAAACCACACCGUCCUAGAUCAGCCCUGGAGGAGCACGGAUUGUUCCAACACUGAGUGUACCGGUGGACAAUGGAUGGAUGAUGGAAAUCUUGAACUGGGAUGGUACAGAUUUAACAGUUCCGGAGGAUGGAAGAUUCCCGAGACGGUCGUACCACAGUAUCGCUGCUCCGGGGAGAAACCAGGCUGGUUAAACGGUCCCCAUCCCAACGUGGGAGAGGGGGAGGUGAGCAGGACCGUCUGCUUCGCUUCUAGUGGAUCCACCUGUCACUGGAGACUUUGGAUCAAUAUGAAGAACUGCUCCGGUUACUUUGUGUAUCGGCUGUGGCCGACAGCCUGGAGUAACGCUGUGUUCUGUACAGAACCUCUGUCGGACACAACUCAGGAACGCCAGGGAUCGGUGACCGGAGAGCCUGGUCCAGGGUUGACCACCAGCCCAGCAGGGUCUGUGAGCUCAGUCACAGACUCCGCACUCGGUGAUCCGUGUGGAACCCGCACCAUCCUGGAUCAGCCCUGGAGGAGCACGGAUUGUUCCCACACUGAGUGUACCCAUGGACAAUGGAUGAGUGAUGGACAUCUUGAAGUGGGAUGGUACAGAUUUAACAGGUAA